AUGUCUACUAUCAACGGUACUAAGGUCAAUGCCUUGAGCAUCCCCAACAAGGCGGCCAAGGGCGUCCCAUUCUUCACGCCGGCCCAAGAGCCUCCUGCGGGAACCGCUCUGGACCCCCAGCCCGAUGGAAGCACUAUCCCAAAGCUCUUCACUCCUCUCAAGAUCCGCGGCCUCACUCUUCAGAACCGUAUUAUGCUAUCUCCUCUAUGCCAGUACUCGGCUGAAAACGGUUUCCACACAUUCUGGCACCUAACUCACCUUGGCGGUAUCAUCCAGCGCGGGCCGGGCUUGGCCAUGAUCGAAGCCACCGCGGUCCAGUCUCACGGACGUAUUACUCCUAAUGACUCCGGACUCUGGCUCGACGACCACAUGGAGGGAAUCAAGCGCACGGUAGACUUCGCGCACUCCCAAGGUCAGCACAUCGCUAUCCAACUCGCCCACGCCGGCCGCAAGGCUUCCGCCCUUGCGCCGUGGCUACACAGGGGUGCCACGGCUGCCGCCGACGUAGGCGGCUGGCCCGAUGACGUAGUUGCGCCGAGCGCCAUCCCUUACGACGAGAACCAUGUGGUGCCCAGGGCGUUAACGCUGGAGGAUAUUGCGCAACUCAAGCUCGAUUUCGUGGCGGCUGCCAAGCGCGCUCUCAAGAUCGGAUUUGAUGUGUUGGAGCUACACUGUGCCCACGGUUAUCUCCUCCACCAGUUCCUAUCGCCCGUUACCAACCACCGCACGGACAAGUACGGCGGUAGCUUCGAGAACCGGGCUCGUCUGAUUCUCGAGCUGGCGGAUGAGCUCCGCGCUGUUAUGCCUGCUGACAUGCCCCUAUUCGCACGUCUUAGCGCUACUGACUGGCUUGAGGGUGUUGAGGGCUACACUGGCGACAGCUGGAAAUUGGAGGACUCGGUGCGCCUGUCUGUGCUGCUCGUCCAGCACGGUGUCGAUGUUAUCGACGUCUCUAGCGCCGGAAACCACCCGCUUCAGAAGAUCGCCCGAGGCCCCGGUUACCAGGCGCCGUUCGCCAAGGCCAUCAAGCGAGCUAUUGGUGACAACGCAUACGUGGUCACUGUCGGUACUAUCAUGAGCGGACAGCAAGCUAAUGAUCUACUUGUCGGUGGUAAAGACGCUGAUGACACUCCCGUGGAUAUCGCGGGUGUUGGACGUAUGUUCCAGAAGAACCCCGGUCUUGUAUGGACUUGGGCUGAAGAGCUCCACGUAGCAACCUAUGUUGCAAACCAGAUCGGAUGGGGCUUCGGAGGCAGAGCUACCAAGCAGCGAAAGCCAGAGCCCACGAAGGAGCACUGCCACGGUCCUGUUCCGAGCAGUUAG